AUGUGGUCUCUCCUCGCCCUCGCCGGCGUGGCCACCGCCCAGGUCACCGCCGUCUUCCCCAACGGUGACACCAACCCCGCCAAGCCCGAGUUCUACCCCAUCGGCGCCCAGGUCAACCAGACCUCAAUGUCCCGUCUCCUCACGCUCAACGGCAUUGACGACUUCUGCCUGUACGGCCCCCCCGAGGAGGGUCCCGACUCGCUCAUUGGCAACGUCGAGCCCAUUGUCGUGGCCUACUGCAGCAAGCCCCGUAACAACGCUCGUCUCAUCCCCGACGGUGCCAUCCACUCGGCCCACCUCAUCAAGACGCCGCUCUACGUCCAGAUCUCGGGCAUGUGGGACGGCACCACCGCCAACAUCCCCGCCGGUGACAGCGGUGGUGAGCUUGACCCCCACGGUGCCGAGAACAAGGGCAACCCGGUCGGCGGCAACGUCACCACCAACCUCGCCAACGGCCAGGACAUCUUCUACGAGGAAUGGAUGAUGUUUAUCUCUUUCGACCAGUUCUGCCUCCGUAUUUGCACUGCUGAGGACCCUGCCAAGGGUGUGACCGCCGCCCUCCAGUGCGAGCACGAGCUCGACAUUAUGGGCUGCCGCUUCGUCAUGGCUAUUGAGGACCACUACAAGUCGAACAACACCUUCACCGAGUGCGACGGUGAGGCUGCCGCUCCCCCCGGUCUCUACCCUCUCCCCGGCGGCGGCUACUCGACCUUCCGCCAGCGCUUCACCGGCACCUGGACCAACUCGGCCGACAACUCGACUGGUAUGUUCACCGUCGGCCAGACCGUCACCCCUUCGGCUCCUGCCUUCUGGCCCAAGACCUCGAACUGCUUCACCUACUCGACCAUCUCGAACGGUGUCGACUUUGCCAACCUCAUGGUCACCGCUGCCCCCACUGUCCUUGCCAAGGGCGCGUCGUCGGUCGUUUCCGGCGUUUCGUCGACUUCGCAGGCCGUUGUCACCACCCCCACCAAGGUUCCUACUAUGGCUUCUCAGGCGCCCUCGGCCACCCCCCUCACUGACUCUGAGGGCAAGGUUACCGGCACUGCCGCUGCUCCCAGUGCCUCGGCCUCCAAGCCUGCCUCGGGCGCGUCGGGCCUUGUUGUCCCCGCCAUCGCUGCCGUCGGUGCGGUCGCGGGUGGUAUCCUUGCUGUCUUCUAA